CCAGCGGAUGGGGAGCACACAAACUCACCUCACGGUUCCCCUCGUAGCUGGGGGAAACAAAACAAACCAAACCUAAAAAGCGGGCGAGCGAACCCGCUCCUAGUGGAAGAGGAGCAGAGCAUUCGCCUCCAACCCCGGCGCCCCGCUCCGCCGCGGACGCCGGCGGCGGGAUGGACUACCUCAAGACGGUGGUGCCGUCGCAGCUUAUGGCCGAGCGCGGAUCUAACCUCGUAGUCAUCAACCCAGGAUCUGCAAACGUGCGCAUGGGGUUUGCUAGUCAGGAUGUGCCAUUCAAUAUACCACACUGUAUUGCGCGACGCAUCAAUCCACAGGAGGGCAAAGAGCCAAAGUUCUCUGUUCGGGAUCAGAUGCUCAAUUGCCGUGUUUCUUCAUCACAGAAUGCCGAGCGCGAGAGUGCAUAUGAUAUUAUUGCAGCACUGAUGAAAAUACCAUUUUUGGAUGAAGAAAUGCCUUCACUGAACCAACCCCUUCCUCCGAAGAUGGGACGUGUUGAUGGCUUUUCCUCACAGCAAAGUAGGGAUGAUAGUAAAUUCACCUGGACAAAUGUGACAGAGACAAGUAUCAAGCCAUCCACAUCAAUUGUUUUGCCGAACCCUCCAAAUUUGCCAGAUAGGUCAGUACACAAGGAUGCUGAGGAAGAUACUCCGCCAAGCACAUCCGGUGAUGGUAAUGGGCAUGACUUUGAAGAGAACAAGUACAAGGAAGUGAUAUUUGGAGAAGAUGCUUUGAAAAUCCCUCCAUCCGAGUCGUACUGUUUGAGUCGUCCUAUCAGGAGAGGCCAUUUCAAUGUGUCCCAUAAUUAUUCACUGCAUCAGGCGGUAUCUGGCUCCCAAAAGGGGUGGCGAAAAGAUAAGCUAAGAAUGGUUUUAGAAGACUUACGCACUAUUUGGAACUGGAUAUUGACAGAAAAGUUGCAUAUCAACCCAAGAGACAGAGGUCUAUAUUCUGCGAUUCUUGUUCUUGGGGAGACAUUUGACAACCGAGAAAUAAAAGAGAUGAUGUCUAUUGUUCUCCACGAUUUGGGGUUUAGCACAGCAGUGGUACAUCAGGAAGCUCUAGCUGCAGCGUUUGGAAAUGGUUUGUCUACAGCUUGUGUUGUCAACAUUGGCGCUCAAGUUACACAAGUAGUUUGUGUAGAGGAUGGAGUAGCUUUGCCCCACACAGCAUUGGCGCUUCCAUAUGGUGGAGAUGAUAUCUCUAGGUGCCUGCUUUGGGUUCAACGUCGCCAUCGCACAUGGCCAAACUUUCAAACUGAUCCAGUGAGCAAGCCUAUAGAUAUGCUAAUGCUCAACAAAAUAAAAGAGUCAUAUAGUCAAAUAAGGAGUGGGACGUUUGAUGCAGUUACCCUUGUUCAUUCAUACGAUAAUGAAAGAUCUGCUGGUCAUCAGAAGACAAGACUAUCAGCUCUUAAUGUUCCUCCUAUGGGGCUUCUUUACCCAAGGGUUCUUGUUCCAGAAGAGUACCCUCCACCUCCUCGAUCUUGGUUCCAAGACUAUGAUGACAUGCUGGAAGAUACUUGGCAAACAAGUGACAGUCUUUACCCUAGUGGGAAUGGUGGGUAUGGCAUGUGGGACAAUUACCCGAUGUUUCCCACUAGAUUAAAGAAAUUUGAUAACAUUGGCCUCGUAGAGGCCAUUGUUAGUAGCGUUCUUUCGACAGGACGUGUUGACCUUCAAAGGAAGCUUUUCUGUAGCAUUCAGCUGGUUGGUGGUGCAGCUUCUACAGCUGGCCUUGCACCAGUUCUGGAGCAAAGGAUUCUCAAUAAAAUUCCAGCAAACCAAUCUGUUGAGAGAGUUGAGGUGCUGCAGUCUAGGACUUAUCCGUUAUUUGUUCCAUGGAAAGGUGGAGUGAUUUUGGGCGUCCUGGAUACUGGUAGGGAUGCUUGGAUUCAUAGAGAAGAUUGGAUUAAAAAUGGUGUUCACAUAGGGAGUGGCAGAAAAUAUAAGGAUUCCUACUUUCUUCAGGCGCAAGUAAUGUGCUACUACAACAUAUAGCAGAUCGGCUAUCAUAUCACCGAGUUCCUAACACAUCCAGGCCCUUCAUUUUUGCAGGUUGUUUGACAGCGAACCAUCUUAGGAUAUGAUCUGUGGACAGCAAUUAACUUGGAUACAUGAUGCAUCAUCUGUUUCAUGCAUUGUGUGCUGUCUUGUUGGGUUCUAGGGUCAUCAACAACCAAGGGGCCUGGAUGAAAUCUUGUAAGUUAGAAGUAGAACGGUCUGGUUGUAAAGACGUACUCAUGUUUGAUUGUUGCAACUUAUAACAUUUAUGAGAUCUCUGCUAACUCCGGUAUGAGCUUCGGGUUCAUAAUGGAAACGAACAGUGUGGCAGUUUUGGCCUUGCUUCAUAUGCUGCAUCAGUGUGGAACAUGGGAACAAUUGGUCAGAAUGAGAAGACUUCGCUGAGCCCAUGGGCACGAGGAAGGAAUCCAGUCCUACCAUCCCUACUUCCCUAGACCCCGACCCUGGAGUAUCUCUGGCAGACUGACUUCUAGCAAACUGACCUGCUUGCCGUCGCCAUUUUAAGCUGCAACCGAGAAAACCAUGCUUCUGCAGUGUAAAAACAGGUUAGUAGGAUGUGAAAAAGUGUGAUACGGCUAGUUUGGUAAACCUUGUGGAGUAGGUAGGCAAAUAAAAGGUAUAUAGAGUGAUAUUUGGCUAGUUUGCUGGACGUUUUCUAAUAAGUUGGCAAAUGUUUGAGAGGGGUGUAGAAGUUCAAGCAAAGAAGUUUAUAAUAGAAAUUCAAGAAUGUAAUGGAUCUAGUA